AUGUCAGGGUCAGAUGGUUUCCCAGCCAGCUUUUAUGGAGAGCCUGGAGUCCUGGGCAUGCUGUCCAACGGUCUCAGUGCUCUCCUCGUGCUUCUGCAGAACUUCAACACAGCCAGAACAGGCGUCUCAUCAUCAGGGGUGGAAAACAUGCUCGCAGGUGUUCAGCUGCUUAUUCUUGGUGGCCUUUGUCAGCUGGUGGCCGGCCUCCUUUCCUUCCGAAAAUUCGACCAUCUCAGUGGCACAGCAUUCGUCGGUUAUGCCGCACUCUGGAGCAGCUAUGGUGCCACCUAA